AUGUUUCAUAUAGGUGGAAUGGAUACUUUUGAAGGUGUAUCCGAAAGUGCUGAAGGUGGAGUUGGAGUUGGAGAAGUUAGAAACAAUGUGGUUGAUUCAGAUCCAUCAAACAACAACAAUGCAGUUGUAACUCAGACUGGUAAGCGGCGUAGAAAACUCACAUCAGCGGUAUGGACUCAAUUUGAAAUUCUUCCUAUAGAUGAAAAUAAUGAGCAAAGAGCAAAGUGUAUGAAAUGUGUGCAAGAUGGGUUGAAACACAUUGAUGAUUCUGUGGGGAAAAUUAGGGAAAGCAUUAAGUAUGUUAGAGGUUCACAAAGGAGGAAACAGAAAUUCCUAGAUUGUGCUGCACAAGUUUCUUUAGAAUGUAAAAGGGGAUUGCGUCAAGAUGUACCCACUAGAUGGAACUCUACCUUUCUUAUGAUUGACAGUGCACUUUAUUAUCAACGUGCGUUUCUGCAUUUACAGUUGAGUGAUUCUAAUUACAAACAUUCUCUUUCUCAAGAUGAGUGGGGAAAAUUGGAAAAACUUAGCAAGUUUCUUAAGGUGUUUUAUGAUGUGACUUGUUUGUUUUCUGGAACUAAAUACCCAACAGCAAAUCUGUAUUUUCCUCAAGUUUUUGUGGUAGAAGAUACUUUGAGAAAGGCAAAGGGACACCAGACGUUGUGCUUCCUCCAAGUAGAUCCCUAUGAUUUUGCCUUUGACCUAAUAGGAGUUGUUGAUCUGGUUCACGAUGAGCAUCGAGUUGUUGUGCGCGGUCAAUUUUUUGGCUCCAAGGUUAGGGGCGAGGUGGAGCCCAACGAGUAG